AUGGGUCCGAAAACUCAGGAGGCGCGACCACCUCUACCCGGAACGCCGAUGCCACCAAUCGAUCCCAUCUUUGCAAUCACGGGCCCCAGUGCUGGCGUGCUGCAUGUCAACACAGCAGACCUGCUCCCAGAUCAAAGAAACAAGCUUGAUGACAACAUUUCCCGCGCCAUUAGUGACUGCUUGAAAUCAGUGGUUGUUCCUCUAGAUCGAUAUUGGAGGGCGGCAUCACAGCACCACACCUUACUCUGCUCCACUUCUGAGGAUGGUGCUGUGGAUAGUUCCAACACUGAGGGUGCUACCCCGUCGCACUGGCCAGCGGCAGAAAGAAUACCAGAUCCGGAAAAUAUUCCGUACACAUUCUACAGCACAAGGAUGGAAGCCAUCAUUCGACGGAGCUACCAGAAGGACCGCGGUGAGGUUCUCGUUGCCGCCGACGUGCGCAGUGGAAACAGUGGAAAGAUUUUCAACACUCUCCGUCGACGGGAGAUCGCGUCCUUUGUGAACGCGAUUCCUCUUGUACCGCAACGAAAUCUUUAUGUGAUGAUCGAUAAAGACGCCGCAGUUGACCCUUUUUUCGAUAUAGACUGCAGCCCACCGUUUGAGUGGUUGAAUUUUCCCACCGAAGUUGCGGAGGGUGAAAAUUUACCUUCAAAUGGAAGUCGCGCUAAAGAUUCCUCCUCACAGCCCCCAGUGCACAUUGACACAGCGGUUGUUGAACGGUGUCUCCUGCAGAUCUUGCAGUACUUACGGGAUGUAGUUGAGGAGUACGCGGGUGCGAAGUUGGAGCAUUGCUUGGUGCUAACGGGUUCAGUUCUUGUGAGUGAAUCUAGUGUUGGACCCUCAGCGCACACCGGGGCGACCAGACGGCAUAAUCUGCUCAGCAGCAAAGACACCAAACUGAGCUUCCAUGUUCAUUUCCGUUUGGAGAAAAAUGUUGUAUUCAGUAACAUCCGAGAACUCCACAAAUUCAUGAUGAAGAUUAGAGGUGGUAUAGAUGAUUCUUUCAAUAAGGCGGGGGACCGUGAGACCCGCUCAUUUUACCACAUGUUGCAGUGUUGCAUUGACUUCGGAGUGUACUCGCGCUGGAGAGCCUUCAGAUUGCCGUAUAAUGUAAAAGCUUCUUCGGACGGUUUGAACACCAUGAACGCGGCGAGUUUCAACUCCGCGAUUGACGCCGCGACGAAGUCACCUUUUAGAACGGCUUUGAUACCAAAUCUUAGCGUAGGUGAGGCUUCCCAUUCCAUCGUGCAUGAAAUUGAUUUGAGCACUCUGCAGGACUCACUCUUGUACUUUGAACCCACAAAGAAGCAGCAAGAACAUCAUGCUUUACUCACCAAAUUGUUUGGUGUUUUCAGAUUCUUACUUCCUGUUGUGCCCAAAGUAACAGCCAUAGGAAACGCUGAACUUGCUAAAUUCUUGUUGGCUCACCAGCCCCCCUUUCCACCCACUGAGGAAUCCGUCAACCCAUCUUACAGGGAUGAUCUAGCGCGAGUAGUGUUCGAACUGGCUCUGAUUCAGCGGGAUGCCAGUAAUUUGAUGAAUGAAGGUGAUGACAAAAACACAUUUAACUUCAUCAUGUGGAGUGAUUCCGCAGAGGAUGAGCGGGAUAACGCACUCAUCCAGGGUCCCUUCGGCAUUAACCGGCCACCUUUGCGUGAUGGGGCGCGUGCGCCAGUUCGUGAUAGCCGGAUUAAGAAAUUGAUAGCUGAAGUUUUUCACUGUUUGUCUCCUGCUUUUGGUGGUGGUUUGAAAAGCAAUUUACAAGCUCAAUCAUCGGACAUCUUGCGUCAAAGUGGCUCCUACAUAACGGCGGAUUCGCUCAGUGUGGAUUAUCAGGAUGGCGUACGUUUCUAUUAUGUACGUCAAAAGUCGUCCAAGUUUUGCAUUAGGUUGGGCCGUGAGCAUCGAUCGACUUACCCUCAGCUCUACCUGACCUACGGAUCUAUUAAAAUUCGUUGUUACAGCAACGAUUGCUCUGGCAAGUGCCACUGUUUGAAAUGGUCUCCAAACGACAAUGAGCGGAUUUGUGGCAGCUCUGCGGUGCUGCUGUCUGUGGAUGACAACGGUUAUCCAAAGUACGACCGUUUAGCGGAGAUCCGUGACCUUCUUUUCCCACCGCUGUCGCAGGAGGAGCUUAUAAGGCGCUAUGGCAUUACUUCAGUAGCAUCGGGAGAUGAAGAUAUCGUCCAACAGUGGUGA